GAUACGUACAGUGAUACCCGAGAAGAAUUUAUUCAUCAUUUCAUCCUACCGACUCUUACAGGCGCACUUAAUUUUCGCAGCUGUUUGUUUUGGUUUCUGUAGCAAUUCCCGUCAGCUGGGAUUGAUUAUGUUUGGAACGCCGGAAAGAUUGUCGUGGAAGGUUCUGACAAUUGCAGUUAUCUUCGUGUGUGCUACUACAACCUGCGAAGCAUGUUUUAUAAGUGACUGUGCUCGAGGCGGAAAACGAUCCCCUGGUUCGGCGCUCACUGGGGCAGGACAUCCACUGAGACAGUGCAUAUCGUGCGGAUCCAAUAACUCAGGUCAUUGUAUAGGGCCAAGUAUUUGUUGCGGUGAUUUUGGAUGUUAUUUUGGAACACAGGAAACUGCCGUCUGUCAAGAGGAAAAAAGUAUUCCUGUGCCGUGUGAAAGUAAAGGCACACCGUGCGGAGAAUAUGGUCAUGGUAAUUGUGUCGCCGAUAAAAUUUGCUGCGAAGAAUAUAACUGUUCAUACGAUGCGAAUUGUACAACCAAGAAUGACGGUUUUCAGAAGGCAGACUCAUCGUCAUCAACUGCUUUCAAGAGAGCGUUCAAAGAUCUACUAGAAGACAAAAUCUUUUCUGCAAUGAAUGCAAGACGCCGAUGAAAAUAACACUGUGCUUUUUGAAUACAAGGACGAGGUCAAUGCACUUUGCAUACGAUUGUUUCACGCACUUGUUCUUACUUUUGGCAAUGGUAUACAUUAUACAAGUUAUUUUUAUUUGUUUUCAAUUCUAGACUACAUAGAGUUAUAUACAAACAAUAUAAUCUCAACACGGUCUAGUCCAAUAGAAUUCCAAUUUGCAUAUGAUAAUUAUGAAAUAUGUUUUAUCCUCGAGUGAGAAAACGAUUCAGAAUACACAAGUUACAUUUCGUUGGAUGUCAGACAGGAUUCGUAAUUUCAAUUUCUUACAAAUUGAUUCUGCCAAAAUAGUAUUAAAUGUAGUAUUGAAUCUAAAAUUCUAUUAUUCAAGUAUCUCGAUACCUGGUAUAGUUAGUAAAAUAGUUAGUGAAUAGGUUAGUUAGUAGGUUAAAAGAAGUAGUCAACAUAUUUAAAACUGCAACGAUGGAAGUGUAUAUCAUCGUUUAUAUUGUUGAAAUUAUCACCCCCCCAAAAAAAACUUCAUGUGUGCAAUUAUCAGUAAUUUCAGUAUUCUGAGUGAAAUCGCUACAGUUACUGUGGAUUAUAUCAAGAACGGGCAACACGUCAACUAUAUGUAAACUGUGCUGCCACGUAUCACGCCCGAUAAAAAAAGUAUUCUGCCUUUGAUUCAGACUAGUACUAGGAACGAUACAUUUAUGUUAAGAAUCUUAAGUGUGAAUACUACAAUGACCAAUAAAACAAUACCCUAUUACGUCAGGUUUAAAUUUUAUUGUAUCAAGUUGUGUAUGUGUUAUAAAUGUAUGCAAUGCACGCAGUUAAAACUCUAGUAAACACUGUCAUUUAUCUAAUGGUUUUGUGAAGAUAAACAUAACAUAACCUGUAUUUAUUCAAGUUAUUGUAAAUAUUGUUGAUCAUUAUUAAAAUGUGCUCAGGCCAACGUCUUCUUUAA